AUGGAGAUGAAUUACAAUGAAGGGGCCCUUCAUCAGAUCGAGGAAGAACUGGGGACGGUGAUAUACCCUGGCACGGAGAUCAUGGCAGAUGUGGGUACUCAUCAUUUUGUGAAAUCAUCAUCCACUUCCGAUCGGGUGUUGGUGCCUCAGCCUUCGCAAGAUCCCCAUGAUCCUCUGAAUUGGAACCGAUUCUGGAAGAUGAGCGCCAUGACGGUAUCAACGUUGACAUCGUUCAGUCAAGGCUUCGGUCCGUUGGCGCUGGCUCCUAUGUUUCCGCAGUUGAUGGAGGCGUUCAAUUCCGACUUAGCCUCCGUCGUGCAGUUCACCGGAGUUUGUAUCCUGGUUCUGGGCUUUAGCAACUUCUUCUGCAAUAUCUGGCGAGCUACAGCAACUAGCUAUGGCAGCUAUAUGGGCGCUUGUGUGCUCAAUGGGUUUGGUGCUGGUCCUGCAGAGACUUCUCAGCCUGAGAUCAUCACCGAUAUCAUGUUCCUUCAUGAGCGUGGUGCUUAUAACACAAUGUACUUCACGGCCUAUUUCGGGGCUCUCAUGGUCGGUCCUAUUAUCGCUGGACCCAUGGCUGAGCAUAGUGGCUGGCGCAGCUUCUUCUGGCUGAAUGUCGGCCUCUUGGGACUGACGCUCCUCCUUCAAAUCUUCCUAUUCCCCGAGACGAAGUGGCAUCGCACUCAUCCAGAUGAAGGAACUCAAGGGCAACCCUCCUCUGCGCUCGCAACUGAAGAGUCCGAGACAGAGAAGCCAGUGAAGAUUACACAGCAUGAGAAUGUAAAUGCGGAAGCUGGCGAUCGUGACCCAUAUCUGCACAAGGGUACCCCGUCAAAGAAGCAGUUCAAGCUCUGGCAGCUGGAUGGGAACAACAUCAAGACAGUGCUGAUUAGCUUCAUUACCCCAUGGAAGCUGCUGACCUUCCCCAUUGUGGAGUUGGCUGCAUUCGUCGUGUCGUGGUCAGCUAGUUGUUUCCUCACGCUGAAUCUUACUCAGAGUCAAGUAUUUGCACAGCCGCCGUAUAACUUCAACAGUCAAUCGAUUGGAUUCUUCAACUUCGCGAUCUUGAUCGGAAGCUUCAUUGGGCUGGCAACCAAUGGUCUCCUCUCGGAUUGGAUCUCCAUGAAAGCCACUCGAAAGAACAGAGGUAUUCGAGAACCAGAGAUGCGUUUGCCAGCAAUGAUUCCGUAUGUUAUCAUCUCGAUCAUUGGCAACUUCAUCGUUGCCUUUGGAUAUCAAUAUAAAUGGGAUUGGAAGGUGAUUGUGAUCAUCGGAUAUACCGCAGCAGGAAUUCAAGUCGCAGCCUUGCCAGCCAUCACCAGCACAUAUGCAGUUGACAGCUACAAGCCUGUGGCGGGCUCGAUCUUCGUGUCCAUCACUGUGAAUAAGAAUCUCUGGGGCUACGGCUUCAGUAAGUUCAUCACCCCCUGGAUAGAAACGAGCGGCUUUGUCAAGCCCAUCAUGUUGAACAUGUCACUGGCAACAUUGUGGUGUCUCUGUGCCAUCCCCUUCUACUUCUAUGGAAAGAGAUUCAGGGGAUGGACUGCCAAGUCUUCGGUGCACAAGAUGUAG